AUGGCAAAGAACAAGUCAAAGUCAAAGUCCUCUGCGGCCGCCGCGUCGCAGGGCAGCGGCCUCAACAAGCUCCUCCUGGUUCUCGGUCUCCUCACUGCUCUCCUGAGCUCUGUCGUCUACUUUGUCGAGCAGAACCUUAACCAGUUCUACAUCUUCGACCUCGAUCACCUCGACGAUCUUUCUAAGCGAGCUAUCGCUAAGCACGGAGAAGACACCCGAUCGGUUGUGCAGUACAUUGUCACGGAGCUUAACGAGAAGGUUCCUGAGCACAUCAACCUCAAGGAGGAAUGGGUCUUUAACAACGCGGGCGGUGCUAUGGGUGCCAUGUACAUCAUCCACGCCAGUGUUACCGAGUACCUCAUCAUCUUUGGCACUGCCAUUGGUACUGAGGGCCACACUGGUCGCCACACCGCCGACGACUACUUCCACAUCCUGUCUGGAACUCAGCUGGCUUACGUUCCUGGCGAGUACAAGGCCGAGGUGUACCCCGCCGGCAGCAUCCACCACCUCCGCCGCGGCGAUGUCAAGCAAUACAAGAUGCCCGAGGGCUGCUUUGCGCUCGAGUACGCUCGCGGCUGGAUCCCUCCCAUGCUCUUCUUUGGCUUUGCCGAUGGCCUUUCCAGCACCCUCGACUUCCCUACACUCUGGGAUACCACUCGCAUCACUGGUCGCGAGAUGAUCAACAACUUGAUCAAGGGCAAGCUGUAA